UAUAUUAAAAUUGCAAGUACUGGAUAGAGAAGAUAUUGAUGGUGUUGAAAUAUGUAGAGUCCGUGAGGUGCAGUUUUUGGGUGAUAUUAUUGAUGAAAACUGACAUGGAAAUCUCACAUAAAUUACAAAAUAAGCUAAAUCUACUACUUGUACUGCACACAUACAGUAAAAGAGUUAUUGAAUGAUAAAGCAUUUUAUUUUUUAUAAUGCAGUAACUGUUCCACACUGGAUCUAUUGUACUGAAGUCUGGAGGAAAGCAUGCAAAACAAUCACGAAUCCUUUUUUUUUUUUCUUUACAGAAAAGAGCCAUAAGAAUUGUCACCAGAAAACUUUAGUCACCCAUCGAAUCAAUUGAGACAAUUAAAAUUUUAAUCCAAGUUUGUUAAGAGGGAAAGUUGUUAUAAUAUUAAAGGACAAGAGAUAUUUGUAAAACCUAAAAUUUGAACAAACUUGAGGGACACAUGUACUUCAGUCAAAGAAAUAAGAUUUUGGAAUAAUCUGGAUAGUGAUUAUAAAAAGGCUGGUUAAAUUAAUUUGUUUAAGAGAAUGAUAAGGGUUAGAAAAUAUAUGAAGUAAUAUAUUUUAAUUGUUUUUUUUUCUUUAAAGAUACAACAUUCAAGCUCUUCAGUUGAUCCACAUGCGAGACUUGGGAUUUAGUUGGAUGGCCAUAUCCCGAAUGCUGUCUGUCAAUAUCCGAACACUGUACAAUCACAGGACACAACUUGGUUUGGUUGACUAUGGAAGCUUCAUCAAUAUUUCAAAUGAGGCCCUUGAUUCUGUUAUCUCUGAGAUUCUUCAUCAAACCCCCGGGUCAGGAGAGACCUACAUUACUGGUAGUUUAAGAGGGAGAGGGAUCAGAGUUCAGCGAUGGCGAGUACGAGAACGGUUAAGAAUUAUAGAUCCUGUGGGGAGAGCCUUCAGAGGUCGCAGGACAAUUCAACGCCGAGUCUACAAUGUUUCUGUCCCCAAUCAUGUGUGGCAUGUUGACACAAAUCACAAGUUAAAUCCAUGGGGAUUUGUGUUUCAUGGUGCAGUUGAUGGCUUCAGCCGCUGCAUCACCUACCUGAGAUGUUGCACAGAUAACAGAGCAUCAACUUCCUUGCAACUUUUCCAGAGUGCCGUUGAACAAUAUGGACUUCCACAUCAUGUCAGGGGUGAUGCUGGUGGUGAGAAUAUUGAUAUUGCAAGGUUUAUGAUUGAAAAUAGAGGCCCAAACAGAGCAAGCUUUAUGGUUGGACGUAGCGUUCACAAUCAAAGGAUUGAAAGAUUGUGGGGAGAAGUAAACCGUGUGGUCUCAUUUUACUUUAAAGACCUUUUCCUCUUCAUGGAGAACACUGGGAUUUUAGAUAGCACCAACCCACUCCACAUUAGGGCUCUUCACCAUGUUUAUCUUACAAGAAUAAACAGAUCUGUAGAUGAGUUUAUGAGCCAAUGGAACCACCACAGUUUAAGGACAAUGGAGAACAGGUCCCCACUUCAGUUGUGGACUUUUGGGAUGCUACAACUUCCUGACCAUGAAAGACCACCUACUAUUGCUCAUGUGCAACAUGGUUACAAUGCUCACCAAAGGGAUGAAGAGUUAGGGCAAAUUAAUCCCUUAAAUGAAGAUGGAAACCAUGGAAUAGAACUUUAUUUAUAUGCAUGUAACCUACUUCAAAAUACUUAGAUUUCUAAGUAGUUAUGUUCAUGUUGAAAUGAUCAAAAAAUAUUUCCUUUUUAUUAUGCGCAGAUGCAUUUUGAAACAAAUUUCAAAAGUUAUGUUGCAAGGUUUUUGAUUUCUUGCAUGAAAAGAGUCUACAGGACUAAGGACAGUGUAAAAAGGCUGAAUAAGGAAUUUCCUUUUCAUGACAUUACUGACCUCAUAUUAAAAAAGAUGUAUUACAUAUUUUGUUAUGGCAUUAUCUAUGAGUGUAUUAACCACUAUUAACUUACUUUCAUGUAAAAAAAUAAACAUUGUACCAAAAAUGUUAUGCCUUGAGUAUUUAUUUUUUAAAUCAAUAAAUUUUGUAAUCAGGUAAUCUCACACAAACUAAAUUAAGGGCCUCUAAAUCAACUUUAGAACCAAGACACAAGAAAAAAAAAACAAAUAUGAGGUUUUAACUCAGGAGUUUUUUAUUUGAACAAGCUCACUGAAACAAAAAAAAUGAAGUGCCAACUUUUACCUUGUGCACUUUAGAAAAUGUAAUAAAAUAAAACAUUCAAAUGUCUUCAGGAAAAUGUGCAAACACAAGUUCUUUUUCCCCAUGCAGUAUAUGCUUCAUUUGUAUCAAUUACUCUUAAGAAUUUUGUACAAAAACAUCAGUUCUUCAGCAAACUAAGUGAUAACUGUAACUCACAGGUGUUGCACUGGGGUCCUCAAGUGCAGCUGUCCUGCAUGUUUUCUUGUUUUCCUCCUCAAACACACCUGAUUUGCAUGAAUGGAUGAUUAACAGGCUUCUACAGGUGUGUUGAAGCAAAGAAACAAGGAAAAUAUGUAGGAUAGCAGCUCUCGAGGACCUGAGUUUGACACCCCUUCCUCAAAGUAACAGAAUCUUAUCAAGACAUUACCUCUCAUGCCCUGCCAAAACCUGGAGAGUUUCGUAUGGCAAAAUCCAUGUCAGUUUUAAAAUCAGGAUAUACAGUGUGUAAUGGUAUGCGAAGAAUGUUCUCACAAGUAUUGGCCACGGGAAACCGAGAAUAACUGAUGAACUCAAGACUUGGUUUUGGAGAAAACCCAAGUGCUGGAAUGCUAUCACAUCCAGUGAAGAAAACAAGAACAUCCUUCAGAGAGACACUGUCUCCAACUGUAAAACAUUAAAAACAAAAUAAACAAUUAUUUAUUCCAUUAAAUUUUUUGAUAAUUUCAGAACCCUCAGACAUUAUACCA